AUGGCCAUUGACACCCACAUCGAAUCGAACAUGGCUUUCACAGACGUGAACGUAAAGGCGGCCGCUGUACUGGCUCUUAUCCUGUUGUUGGCGUGGCAGCUGGCCGGCGUGUUCCGUCGCCCCAAGAACUUCCCACCCGGACCCUGGAGUCUCCCGUUCAUUGGCAACCUUCAUCAGAUUCCACGAGGACUGCCCUGGGUGGCGUUUGGGGAGUGGGCGCAGCGGUGGGGCCCUAUUGUCGGCUUCCGGCUCGGAACCCAGGAUGCCGUGGUGCUCAACGAUGCCGCUCUCGUACACGAAGUGCUCGUCAAGAACGGCGCUGCCAUGUCGGGUCGCCCGCCACGCUACGUCGCGCAGGAACAUGUCAUUCCGGAAGGCAAGCAUGUGCACCCAGUGUUUAUGCGCAACGACUACGCCAUGCGGCUGCGAGCCGUCACCAAGGAUUACCUCGUCGGCGCGGGACUGCUGAAGCUGGCUCCCAUGGCGCAGGCAAUUGGCAUGCGUCUAGUGCACGACAUUUACAUGUCGUACCAGGAUUCCUCCAGGAACAAUGCAGGCGCACAGGAGCAGGGCCAUGUGCCGUGGACGGACGCACUGGCGCAAUGGGCUGUGACCACCCCCGUCGCUGUCAUGGCGGGAGCACCAGUCGAGGCCUUUGGGCGGGACUUUGUGCACAACUACCACCACACCACCGUCAUCUUUGAGGAUAUCAUGGUCUCGGGUGCGGCCGACAUCAUCCCGUUGACUCGAUAUCUGCCCGACUGGUUUACGGGGUGGAGGAAGCAGGCGCCCAUUGUCCGCAAGGCCGUGCUGGACGCCUACGGGGUGCUGAUGCGGGUCGCCGGGCAGGAUCGUGGUGGCUCGUUCCAUGGACUCAUUCCCGCUCUGCGCCGUCAGGCGGCGGAUCCCAAGGUGGAUGCCAAUCUGCGUCUGUCGGAGCCCGAGAUCAUGGUAAUGAUGGGAGGUCUGCUCGAUGCGGGCUUCGCGUCCACGGUCGCGAGCUUCGAGACAAUUGUCCUGUCCCUGACGGCGCACCCACGCGUGUUGCGCCGCGUGCAAGCCGAAGUCGACGCCGAGCUUGGCACGGCGGGUCUACCCGAGCGGGUGGAACGCGGGCGACUGCCAUAUCUCCACGCAUGCAUCAUGGAGGUGCUGCGAUGGCAUGCGACGACGCCAGUCCCGCUACCCCGCGAGGCCGUGGCGGACGUCCAGGUGGGUGACUAUCGCAUUCCCAAGGGCACCACCGUCAUGACCAACGUGUGGGCCAUCCAGCGCGAUCCCGCCUUCUACGACGACCCGGACAGCUUCGUGCCCGAGCGAUACCUUCACCACCCGCUCGGGAUCAAGGACGGGGCGCCCGAAGUCCAUCGCAAGGCUCUGUAUACGUUUGGCUUUGGCCGACGUGCCUGCCCCGGCCAGGACUUUUACUUCCAGCAGAUGGAAAUCACCAUGGCCCAGGUCAUUUGGGCGUUUGAUUUUGUGCCCACYGGUCCGCUUGACAUCGACGUGACCACCGGCUUCGUGUUUGGCGUCGCCUCGCGUCCGAAGCCGCUGAACAUGAAAUUCGAGCUGCGGCGGCCGGUGGACGUCCUGCAGGCCGAGAAGAGGCGAGCGGACAUUGCCCUGGAUCAGAUCCUUGGCUUGGGUUGA